CACGCAACCUUUCAACAAUUUUUUUUCUAAAUCAAAGUGCCUCUGAUGAUUCACAAAUCCCUUCAUCAGUCAGAUUAAAUCCUUCACAUCUUUGGUAUUUGGAUUUCCCCCCUUCCAUGUCUGCCAGUUACAAGUUUGGCUGGAGCUUCUUGCAAACGUCCUGCAGAGGGUGAGGAGGCACCUGCUUCCAGAAAGGAGGUGGAGAAAUGUGCCCAUGAAAACGUCCCACGGCGACAGUUGGGCUUGAAACUUGCGCAGGAGGCUGGAUUACUCUGAGAGGGCACGGGUUACUUCGAUUUUCUUUGGGGUUAAACCUUAUAUUGUGCUUUUUUUCCCCCUUUUUGUUGCUUACAGUGUGAACCAGAAGCAAGACAGUUGUUACUUUUCAAAGUCAGCGUAAUGCUAAUAUUUGCUUUUAACUGCCGUUCUUUCACUUGUGGACCUUUUUUGGAACUUUACGCAGCGUAAAAUCUGUUCCCAAAGAUCCCUGUAAUUGGAUAAGCGGUUAACAGCCAGGGAAGAAUCAACAGGAGCAAAGAUUCUUAAGGGUUGAAGUGAUCGGAUGACAAAUGCGAUGACAAAUUGGUGGUGGAGCAGUGCUCUGAUAUCAGUCGCAGCGGCACCAUCAGAUGUAAAAAGUUGGAGAGAAAAGCGCAAAUUAAGGAAGGCAAACUGAUGCGCUCAAGAAGAAGGGAUGCCAGCCAGGCGUGGCUUCUAUCUGAAUAUCCAAUGUGAGAAUGCGUGGGGAGUUUGUAUAUAAUAGCCUCUUUCCCUUUGAUAACCACAGAUAUCAAACUCAUGAUUGCACCAGAGGACUAUCAAUAAACUGAGAGGACGUUUUGUGGAGGGGCACGGCGCGCACCUGGACGUGUUUGGCGUGCAUGGACCGGACUUGUGUAAACUUUUGUCCUUCCGCAGCUCUCUCCGUGUACAUGUGAAAAUGCCCGUGCUGAAUCUGACAGCUGUGCAUACGAUGGCAGAGGUCGGGACGUUUGUGGGGACGCUCGACUUGGAUUUACAAAGCCUUCCUGCGCUGGGGAACGUGCCCCUGGCGGAGGCUCCGGCGGGGCUGGACGAGCGGCUGGGGCAGAUUGAAGGCAGACUGCAGCGGGGGUCGCCAACAGAUUUUGGGCACCUCAAGGGGAUCCUGAGGCGGCGGCAGCUCUACUGCAGAACGGGCUUCCAGCUGGAAAUAUUACCCAACGGCACCGUGUACGGGACCAGGCAGGACCACAGCAGAUUUGGUAUCUUAGAGUUCAUCAGCCUGGCAGUGGGCCUGGUCAGCAUCAGAGGGGUGGAUGCUGGACUUUACCUCUGCAUGAAUGAGAAAGGAGAGCUCUAUGGGUCGAAGCUGACCACAGAAUGUGUGUUCCGGGAGCAGUUUGAGGAGAACUGGUACAACACCUACGCUUCCACCCUUUACAAGCACACGGACCCGGAGCGCCUCUAUUAUGUGGCUCUUAACAAAGACGGCUCCCCCAGAGAGGGGAACCGGACUAAAAAACACCAAAAACUAACCCACUUCUUACCCAGGGCGGUAGAGAUUGAAAGGAUUCCACAGGCGUACCGGGACGUGUUCCAGUACAGGUGACCCAGUGCUUUCCUAACUGGAUCCAUUAAGGAGUAAAGAGCAGAAGGAGUAGCUCUGGAUAUUCUGGACUUCAUGGGUACUCUUUUCUCUACUGGAGGUCGUGUGCAUCAACGCCUGCUCCCGGAAGUGUCGUGUUGUUGCUUUUUUUGGCGGUGGACUUCCGGCGCUCACUUCUGAAAGGCACUUUUGCAGAAAGAGUUUUGUGGGCUCAAUUAGGAAGUCAUUAACCCAUAAUUUGAUCUUUUUUAAUGUAGAUACUGAGGUGACAUUUAUCUGCUCAUGGAGGAGCACAAAAAAAAUGAAAUACUGAGACUUUUGUGGUCUUAGAAAAUGAACCCCAGAAGGUCAAAGUCAGAAAAGGGUGCCAGUACGAUCCCAAACUUCCCAUUCGUCGCAUUUAAAUGAGGAAUCAAGGAGAGUUCUAAAACAAGAGUUCGCUUGGGAUGAAAGCACUUCCCUGACAGAAUAACUGAUACGUUCUGCUAAAAGAUGGUGACUUGUAAUGUUCGUAGUGUCAGGAACAUUAUAAAAAAGAACAACCUGCAGGCAUCUGAUGUGUACAUUUGGGUGUUCCUAUUUAUGAGAUGUACCAUAUAUUUAUUUUCUACAUAUAAAGUAUAAAUGUAAAUCUAUAUAUUUAUUUAUUGCAAAGACUUUAUUUUGUAAUGAACUUGAAGUUCUCUGGACUGCAGAUUCUACUGAAAUGAGGCCAAAAAACAGUAAAAAACAAAACGAAAGGGGGAACAAAAAUAACAAGAACUGCAUAAAACAUGACAAUAAAAUUGUCUUACUAUUGAUAACUCAUUGUGAGAGACUAUUUUUGCUUGUGUGAUGUAAAAAUUAAAACCAGAUGUAUGCUA